AUGCCGGGCUCCGUCUCCCUUCAUAAGGACUCUGCCCCCCACAGCUCCAGGGCGGUGCUAGGGGGCGCCGUGCCCUGGCUUCGCUCCCUGCUGCAGGCGUACGACAUGAGUGGGGCGCGGUUGGCCCUGACCCUCUGCGUGCUGAAAGAUCGGCCGGGCGCGGAGAAUGACAUCAAGGCGCUGGACAGGAUGUAUGAGACUUUUGGAUUUCAGAACACUCUGGUCAAGGACCCGACUGCAAAGCAAUUCCGGACCGAGCUGGUGAGCUUCCGAGAGCGGAUAGACCAAAUCCGAGGCCCGGUCAGCUGCAGCUUCGUGGUGGUCAUGGCGCAUGGGGACAGCGGAGUUGUCAUGGCGGCUGAUGGACGGCAUGCGAACCUGGACGAGCUGUUCGCAGAGAUGACCAACGCGACCUGCCGAGCGCUGCGGGGCAAACCCAACGUCUUCAUCAUCCAGGCCUGCCGGGGGGGCCGGAGACGUGGAAACGUUUCAGCUGACUCAGACAACCAGGUCCCUCGGUGGCGGAUUCCUACACAUGCUGACUGCCUCUUCGUCUUUUCAUCCCCAAACGGUUAUUACUCAAUUAGAAAUGAAACCACAGGCUCUCGGUUGAUUCAGACCAUGGUGGAUGUCUUCACUACAAACCCCUACUGGGACAUCAUGGAGCUAUUCACCAAGGUAACUAACACGAUUGCUCAGAAUGAGUUCAUGAUAAAGGAGAAAAUCAGAAUGACUCACCCAGAAAUAAAGUCCACUCUGACAAAAAAGCUCCGUUUGAAGGUAAGUCGGAGUCUUAACUGUUUUCCCGCUGGUUUGCGAAACAUACAUUUCACACAGCUAACUCCACCAUCAAUCUCAGAGCGCCAAAGGUAAAAGAAAGCAGCACCCAUUAUGCCUGUCCUUCUGAUCAACCAGUCAAGCACUGGCCUGAGAACUCAGGACUCCUGGGUUCUAUCCCCGGCUCUGGAAGAGGAUAGAGGAUGCAGUCCGGGGAGGGCUGACAGUCAGGACACCUGGGUUCUCUCCCUAGCCCGGAUGUAUUCCCUAUACCUUUCCAUGGUCAACAUACACUUUGUUGUUUUCCCCCAGGAGUAAGACUCACAGAUCAGACCCUGGGCCUGUCUAACACAGCUUCUCCUGUCCCGUUGUGCCCAUGAGACUUUCCGCCCUCCAACCCAGUCUUUACACCAUUACCCCUGCGCAUCAGGCAUUUAGUGCAUUCAGACACACACUCUAAGCAUCCAGACCCACAGCCUUCACUCGAGACAACGAGGUCUCCAGCUCUCACAUCUGCAGAGAAAAUGGGGUCAGAGGCGCCGCUGGCCUAAGUGUGACUGGCACCUGAAUCUGCAGAGAGCCUGAACUGAUUGCUUGGCCAGGUGUGAACUGCCCCAAGUGUGACCAGUGCCUGGGGUGUAACUGACACUGCCUGAGUCUGCAGAGAGCCUGAGCCGAUCGCAGGGAGUGGUGUGAACUGCCCCGAGUCUAACUGAGGCAGGGAAGUCUGCCGGAGACAGAGAUUUUUAAGGCCAGAAGGGGACAUCUGAUCAUCUAGUCUGACCUGUAUAACCCAGGACCAAAAAUGUCACCCCGUUACUGGUGCAUUGUGCCCUACUAAAGCAUUGUUUAGCUAAAGCAUAGACAAAGGGAAGACGGGUAAUUCACUGGGUUUGUUAUGUCUUCACCAUGCCUGCUUCUCCUCACGUUACACCUCCCAGCUGUGGGGGGUUUAAGUUAUUGCCACAGGAACAAUAACUUGUUUGGCUAAAGCAUCUUCCAGAACGGCAGCCAUUUUGCCCAGGGCUAAUCUGCCACCGCAGGUAGGCAAGGGAAGAAAAACGCUGCUUGAGAAUGCCUGAGCGUUUGUUUGAUGGAUAGUGACUCGGAAGGUUUUGAUGUGGGACGUUGACAACGGGUGUGUUAACUUUGAAUUUCAGUGGCUGCAGGCGUUAAAUAAUAUUGUUUGUCUCCCCUUGCUUGCACCCCCAGCAUUGUGCACAAGUGUGAAAAUUUAAAUCAAUGAUAAGAAAAAAAAGCUUUAAAAAUCACCAUUGCUGUUCUCCAUCGAAAUGACGGAAACAUAAAAACUGAAUUCUGCGAGGGGUACUCCUUUCUAAUUUGAAUGUGUCAGGCUUUCAUUUCCAGCCGUUGGUUCAUGUUCUGCCUUUCUCCGCUCAUGAAAAAGCUCUUCAGUACCUGGGAUUUUCUCCCUGGGAAGGUGUUUAUACACACGAUCAAGUCACUUCUCAAUUUUCUUUUUGGGAAGUUCAGCAGAUUUAAGUCUGUCACCGAAAGCAUUUUCUCCAGCCAGCAAAUCUUUUUUUGGUUCUCUUCUAUGCACCCCUUCCAAUUUGCUUGAAACAAUCGCUCAGGGAUGGGGGGAGGGUUGCUCGAUGUGGUGUUGACUCUGAAACCUACUGAUAUAUAGUUAAGUGUCAUCAUUAUUGAGUCUUAAUGAUUCAUAGAUUCCAAGGACCAUUGUG